AGGCGAAUUUCAUCCUAGAAGGUAGUGGACAAGAUAGGGUGAACAUCACCACCCGGAGGGCAGGGGUGGAAAAUAAACUUAUUUGAGAUACGGUAAUGGAAGAGAUCGCGGGGACCAGCGUAGAUCAAGGAGAAAUGGAGACCGAGAAGCCGGAAAAAGUAUACGGAAAAGCCGGGGAGGAGGAGCCGGUAGACAAGGUAGUGGCGGCAAAUAAGAAAUUUAGGUACCAAAUCUUGACACUGCCCGAGAUCGACGAUACCCUGAGUAAACUGCUAGGUACCAUGGUGUUUGUAUCCUUCCAGACCAUGUUGCAAGCAAGCCCAAGAUUGCUUAAAGGACUCAGGCAAUUACUAACGUGCCGACGCGUAGAAGUAGAGGAGGCUCCGGAGCCGCAGGAGCAGGAAAUGGAAGAGCUUCAGGCACCGCAAGGGGUCUUCAACCUCCAGAGGAUCCCAGGGGAUCUGGAGGACCUGGAGAAAGCCUUUGCAGACAUCCGCUUAAGCCUACCGGACCGAGAGGGUGGUGAAGUCAUGAGGGCGCCGCCCGGCACGAAGCUCAGUUUCCAUGCCUUGCCCGUAGAAGAAUUGAAAAUCCAAAUCGGAACCCACCAUACAGUUGCAUUAGUGGACGGUGGUGCGAAAAUUACCCUCAUACGACGAGACUUUGUGACAAUUACGGGCUGCACCGUAAACAAGGAAGUGACGGGGAGUAUCCGGGGAGCCGGCGGGGAGAUUCCCUUCGCAGGGUAUGUUACGAAAUGCGCAGUUAGGGCAGGGAUCAGGGAAUCAAUCUGGUCCUUCCAGCGGAUGACCAUGAUGGAAGAAAUGAACCAUGACAUAAUUCUCGGAAGACCGUGGUGCGCCAAUGUAGAGAUGAUAGGUAUGCAUCUGCAUGAUGGCACAUACAUGGUGGAUAUAGAGGACCCCGUUACCGGCCGUGGAGAACUCCUCCGACUCCUUGGGACAGGAGGGGAUCCCCCGAAGGGCAAGUUGACAACCUGGUCGCCAACGUUCGAAGAAAGUGCGCGAAAGGGGGCAUUCGCACAGAUGGAAGAGCGGCAAUUCAAGAAAGAGAUCUUAGCCAUUCUACAUUGCCUUAAGACUUUUCAGCCAUACCUAUUUGGAAGACGAUUUAUCCAGAGAAUCGAUCCGACCAAUGUCGUUGGGGCGUUGAAGAACUACAAGCCUAUAGACCCUACCAUUGGGAGAUGGAUAGGUUUUAUAUGGCAAUUCGACUACAAGGUCGAGCGGAUUGCGGGACUCCGGAACAGGGCAGAUGGGCUAAGCCGGGUUUGCAUCACGCCAGAGGGAGUAGAGGACACGGAGCCAAUCGACGCCUUCCUGGAGUACGAAGGGGGGACUCUUGCCGUAGAUAACGAGAUGGCAGGCGCCACUCCUACAAUGGAUCAACUGCUGAUUCAGACCCUGGAAAAGGGCCCGCCUGCGGUAAUUGCGGAACUCAGGGAAGGACCAGUCACCACGAUUAAGCGCAAAGAUGAGAAGGAUUCGUGGGGGUACAUCUUUGAUGCAAGAGAUAACCUCGGCGGCUACGUAGAGGCAGUAACUCUUAAGAGAAAGACGGGAAAGGGAGUGGCCGAUUGGGUAGAAGAUUUCUACCUUAGGCACUCCUUUGUGCGCAGGUUCAUAGCGGAUAAUGGGACGGAGUUCGUCAACCAGGAGGUGUUGGGCAAACUUAAGACGCUGUGCGUACCUAUCAAGAUCAUCGAACCGUAUCACCCUGAGGCCAAUGCACCAGUAGAAAGGGGGCACCGGACCUUGAAAAACACAAUCGCUAAGUUGGAGGCCGAUGACCUGGGAAACUGGUCUCGGUACCUUAAGCAGGCGGUCUUCUCAGAGAACAUGAUGCUGAAAAGGACAACGGGAUGCAUUCCGACAGAACUCUGGUAUGGGAGGGAGAUUGAUUUCCCGGUGGAAGCCCUGGUUCCUACCUGGAACAGGCUAGAUGACAAUCCGCACAUGUCUACGGAGGAACUAAUUGCCGCACAUUGCCAACAGGUCGUUGGAAAUGAGGAAGCCUUGGAGGAGGUGGUUAAACGUGUAAUGGAUAGUCGAAUGAGGGACAAAGCAAGGUGGGACCAGGUAAAAAACAUCCGGAAGGAGCCGCUCCAGGUGGGAGAGAAGGUACUAGUUAGGAACUCGGCUCUUGAAAGCACGUGGUUUGGACAGCUGGGAAGAAGGUUCAAAGGUCCCUACAAGAUCACUAAGAGGGUGGGAUUGAACACGUUUGAACUUGAGGAUCUCGGUGGUACUGGGAUGAAAGGGUCAUUUCCGUGGCAGAGGCUGGUCAGGUUUUUGAGCAAGGAUCCGGUGGAACAAUGAUUACAAGAGGCUCAGGACAAGGAAACAGGGGAAUUGACAACCUGAAAGACAGGCAACUGGCUAUAAUUCCGUACUGCCGCCCUGCGG